GUUCAGGCCUCUGUGUGUGUGUGUGUGUUUGUGUUUGUGGCACAUGUUUUUCUUUUUGUUGACCAAAAAAUUUUAAUUUUCGAUAAAUUCUCAUCGUAAAAAAUGGCUAAAAUGAACAAAUUGAUUUCCUCUUCAAGAAGAAAGGCACGUAAACGUCAUUUUAAUGCUCCAUCGCAUAUUCGUCGCCGUAUUAUGAGCUCACCAUUGAGCAAAGAUUUACGACAAAAAUAUGGUGUUCGAUCGAUGCCCAUCCGAAAAGAUGAUGAAGUUCAGGUUGUUCGUGGACAUUUCAAAGGAACACAAUUUGGCAAAGUUGUCAGUGUUUAUCGUUCCAAAUAUGUUGUCUAUAUUGAACGUGUUCAACGUGAAAAAGCCAACGGUGCCACCGUUUAUGUUGGUAUUCAUCCAUCAAAGGUUUUAAUUGUCAAAUUGAAAAUGGAUAAAGAUCGUAAAAAGAUUUUGGAUAGGCGUGCUGCCGGUAAACGUAUCGCCGAAGGAAAAGCAAAAGGAAAACAUACAGAAGAAUCUGUAGCAAUGGAAACUUCUUAAAUCUUUUUUCAUUUGAAAACAAACCUUAUUUUGCAAAUAAACCAAUUUUCAAAAAAAACAAUUGUUUUCAAUUUGAAAAAAAUUUUAUUUUUUAUUUGUUAAAAAAUGAAAAAAUCGUCAUUCAUUCAUUAAUUAAACUUCAUAACCAUAAGAAGUGA